GCACCGUGGUAGACGCACCUGAGAGGAAGGAUAGAUCAGCCCCGUUCGGCCUGUUGCCCCCACCCCACCCCGCCGCUGCGCACUGGCACGAAUACGACUGCUUUGGAACGGAUCUUGGAUUUUAAAAAUUGCGGCUCCGUGGAGUUUAGAGCUGGAUUUUACAAUUGGAUACUAUUGGCGAUGUUUGUAACUAAGUGAUGGAACCAGAAGAGGACAGUUGAUCCCACCAGACAACAUGAAGGAGGAACUUCCACAUGGCCUGUUAUCCCAAAAAGUCCUUUCCAUCAAACCUUGCACCAUGACUUUUAAUAACAUCUGUCCUAAAGCAUAAACAACUAUUAUUAAUCCUAAAAGCAUCGACUCUAAGGAGAACAACAACCAUUCCUCCAUAUGACCACUGCCUUGCAACUACUCAACAAUUUACUGAUGUGAACCUAAGACUGUUAACCACAACGACUGUUCUCCUGCUACUGCCCUUCCCCCUUUUAAAACAUAUUUUUGUAAGAAAUAUUUAUUAGAAUAUAUAUCUGCACAUAUUGUGAAUGAAUCUGUGGAACCGUCUGAAGAUUUCAAUCUGACUGCACCCCCUUCAGACUCUUCUUGGAUAAUACUUUCUCUGCAGCUAUGGGUCUUGUAGGGUUUUCUAUCCGGCUGCAGGUGUUUCUCAGCACAUGUCUGGGACUGGAAUUUUUAGGCACACCAGGUCAGUGGGCACGCUACCUCCGCUGGGAUGCCAGCACCCGUGGUGACCUCAGCUUCCAGUUUAAGACGGAGGCUUCGGAGGCGCUGCUGCUGUACUUUGAUGAUGGAGGCUACUGUGACUAUUUGCAGCUGUCGGUGGUGGAGGGCAGACUGCAGCUGGGAUUCAGCAUCGACUGUGCCGAGACGACAGUGGUCUCUGAAAGACGGGUGGACGACGGCAGCUGGCACUUCGCCUCUCUGAGCAGGUAUAACCUGCGCACAGUGCUGGUACUGGAUGGCCAGGCCAAAGCAGAUGAGGUGCGGCCUCAGCGAAUGUUCAUGAAGAUAGUCAGUGAUCUAUUCCUGGGUGGAGUGCCUCAGGAUAUCCGCAACGGUGCGCUCACACUGCCUAUGGUGCGAAACAUGCAGCCCUUCAGGGGCACAAUAACAGACCUCAAAUAUGGCAUCUCACAGCCCCUGUUCCUGGGAAGCCUUAAGGUGCCCCUGGAGUCCGAGGGGUGGUGCACGGUUAACCCGUGUGAGAAUGGCGGUACAUGCUCAGUGGUGGAUGGAGAGCCCGUAUGUGACUGCUCCAAAACCGAAUACAGGGGCCGCUUCUGCAAUGAAGAGGUCAACAACAAUAUGCCAGGCCUUGCACAUAUGAUGGCAGAACAAGCUAAAAGCAAAGGUACAGCUUUUUCGAAAUCUUUCCUUUUCUACCUAUAUGAAAAGCGACGCUUGCUCUCGAGGGAAGAGAAUGUGGCCACUUUCCGUGGCUCAGAGUACUUCUGCUACGACCUCUCCCAGAAUCCAAUUCAGAGCAGCAGUGACGAGAUAACGCUCUCCUUUAAGACAUGGCAGCGCAACGGCCUUAUACUUCACACUGGCAAGUCAGCUGACUACGUCAAUCUAGCGCUAAAGGAUGGAGCUGUCUCCCUCGUUAUCAACCUGGGCUCCGGUGCCUUUGAGGCCAUCGUGGAGCCAGUCAAUGGGAAGUUCAAUGACAACUCAUGGCACGAUGUCAAAGUGACCCGCAAUCUCCGGCAGCAAACAGGCAUUGGACGUGCUAUGGUAAACACUCUCCAUUUCAUGGUGACAAUAUCAGUGGAUGGGAUUCUUACCACCACGGGUUACACCCAGGAAGACUAUACCAUGUUGGGCUCUGAUGACUUCUUCUAUGUGGGAGGAAGUCCCAGCACGGCGGACCUGCCGGGGUCUCCAGUCAGCAACAACUUCAUGGGCUGUCUCAAGGAGGUGGUCUACAAGAACAACGACAUCCGUCUCGAGUUGUCCCGCCUUGCUCGGAUUGUGGACCCGAAGAUGAAAAUCCAGGGGGAGGUGUCCUACAAGUGUGAGAAUGUUGCCACUCUGGACCCCAUUUCUUUCGAGACUCCUGAGGCCUACAUCAGCCUCCCGAAGUGGAACACAAAGCGGAUGGGAUCCAUCUCCUUUGAUUUCCGCACAUCUGAGCCCAACGGCCUUAUCCUCUUCACCCAUGGCAAACCUCAGGAGCGUAAAGACGCUGCCCGCAGCCAGAAGAACACAAAGGUGGAUUUCUUUGCCGUGGAGCUGUUGGAUGGCAGCCUGUACCUUCUGCUGGACAUGGGCUCAGGGACCAUCAAGGUGAAGGCCACCCAAACAAAGGUGAACGACGGAGCCUGGUAUCACGUGGACAUUCAGAGAGAUGGACGCUCAGGGACCAUCUCCGUAAACAGCAGAAGGACUCCAUUCACAGCCAGUGGGGAGAGCGAGAUUCUAGACUUGGAGGGCGAUAUGUACUUGGGGGGGCUUCCCAAUGACCGCACCAACCUCAUCCUGCCCACUGAGCUCUGGACAGCCAUGCUCAACUACGGCUAUGUGGGUUGUAUCCGGGACCUUUUCAUCGAUGGGCGAAGCAAAGACAUCCGUCAGAUCGCUGAGGCUCAGAACGGCGCUGGCAUCAAACCCUCGUGCAACAAGCAACCAGGCAAGCAGUGUGAGAGCUACCCGUGCAAGAACCGGGGGGUCUGCAAAGAGGGCUGGAACCGAUUCAUCUGUGACUGCACCGGCACUGGCUACUGGUCACGCACCUGUGAGAGAGAGGCUUCCAUCCUCUCCUAUGAUGGCAGCAUGUAUAUGAAGGUGGUGAUGCCGAACAUCAUGCACACUGAGGCGGAGGACGUCUCGCUGCGGUUCCGCUCUCAGCGGGCGUACGGCCUCCUAAUGGCCACCACCUCCCGAGACUCAGCCGACACGCUCAGGCUAGAGUUGGACGGGGGUCGUGUCAAACUCACGGUCAACCUAGACUGUAUCAGGAUAAACUGUAACUCCAGCAAGGGACCGGAGACUCUGUAUGCUGGGCAAAAGCUCAAUGACAAUGAAUGGCAUACAGUGAGAGUGGUGCGACGCGGAAAAACCUACAAGCUAACUGUUGACGAUGAUGUAGCAGAAGGCCAAAUGGUGGGUGACCACACUCGCCUGGAGUUCCACAACAUCGAAACUGGUAUAAUGACGGAGCGUCGCUUUGUCUCCAGCAUCCCGUCCAGCUUCAUCGGUCAUCUGCAGAGCCUCAGAUUUAAUGGCAUGCUGUACAUCGACCUGUGCAAGAAUGGGGACAUUGAUUAUUGUGAGCUCAACGCCCGCUUUGGAGUUCGUUCUAUUAUCGCCGACCCCGUCACCUUCAAAUCCAAGAGCAGCUAUCUGAGCCUGGCAACGUUGCAGGCCUACGCAUCCAUGCACCUCUUCUUCCAGUUCAAGACCACCUCCCCCGACGGCUUCAUCAUCUUCAACUCUGGAGAUGGCAAUGAUUUUAUUGCUGUAGAAUUGGUUAAAGGAUACAUCCACUAUGUCUUUGACCUUGGAAAUGGGCCCAAUCUCAUCAAGGGUAAAAGUGACAGGGCGCUGAAUGACAACCAGUGGCACAAUGUGGCCAUCACCCGAGACAACAGCAACACCCACACACUGAAAGUAGAUGCCACAGCCACGAGUCAGAGCAUCAACGGGGCCAAGAACCUCGACCUGAAAGGCGAUCUGUUCAUCGCAGGACUUGGUCCAGGCAUGUACGGAAACCUUCCUAAAUUGGUGGCUUCCAGGGAAGGCUACCAGGGCUGUUUGGCCUCGGUGGACUUAAACGGUCGCCUGCCGGAUCUCUUGAAUGACGCCUUGUUUCGCAGCGGUCAGAUUGAGCGUGGAUGUGAAGGUCCCAGCACCACCUGUCAGGAAGACUCCUGUGCCAACAUGGGUGUGUGUAUCCAGCAGUGGGAGAACUACACUUGUGACUGCUCCAUGACCUCGUACACUGGCACACAGUGCAAUGACCCUGGAACGACGUACAUCUUUGGUAAAGGAGGAGGCCUCAUUACGUUCAACUGGCCAGACAAUGAGAAACCCAGCACCAGGACGGACAGGCUGACAGUAGGCUUCAGCACCUCCCUGAAAGAUGGAAUUCUGGUCAGGAUUGACAGUGCAUCUGGACUUGGGGACUAUCUCAUGCUGCAUAUACAACAAGGAAAAAUUGGAGUGACUUUCAACAUUGGCACAGUGGAUAUCAGCGUGCAGGAGAGCAGUACCCCAGUGAAUGAUGGGAAGUAUCACGUUGUACGCUUCACCAGGAAUGGUGGAAAUGCUACACUGCAGGUGGAUAACUGGUCAAUAAACGAACACUUCCCAACAGGGAACAGUGACAUUGAACGCUAUCAAAUGGCCAAUAAGAAAAUUCCUUUCAAAUACUCCAGACCAGUAGAAGAGUGGCUACAAGAGAAAGGACGGCAGUUAACCAUUUUCAACACCCAAGCAACCGUCUCAAUUGGUGGUAGUGAUCGCAGCCGGCCCUUUCAGGGUCAACUGUCUGGCUUUUAUUACAAUGGCCUCAAAUUGUUGAACAUGGCUUCUGAAGGCAACGUCAACAUCAAGAUUAAUGGGAGUGUGAGGUUGGUAGGUGAUGUGCCCGGUGCGCCAGGCUCAGCCAGGAGCACGGCCAUGUCUCCAGAGAUGUCCACCACCUUCAUCGAGACCACGACCAUGAUGUCCACCACUACUACACGGAAACACAGAUCCUCUUCUACUGUACAGCAUACGGCAGAUGACAUUGUGUCCUCCGCAGAGUGUUCGAGUGAUGACGAAGACCUGGAGGAGUGUGAAACUAGCCAUGCAGGUGGGCUAGCACUCCCCACAGAGCCGGGCGUCAGGCGAGUUCCAGGACCCUCGGAAGUGGUCCGUGAAUCUAGCAGCACCACCGGGAUGGUCAUCGGAAUAGUGGCGGCCGCUGCCCUGUGCAUCCUCAUCCUUCUGUAUGCCAUGUAUAAGUACAGGAACAGGGAUGAAGGCUCCUACCAGGUGGACGAGAGCAGGAACUACAUAACCAACUCAGCUGUACAGAGCAAUGGCGCUGUCAUGAAGGACAAACAGCAGAGCUUGAAAGGCAGCAACAAGAAACAGAAAAACAAGGAUAAGGAGUAUUAUGUGUGACUGUGAGACUUUCGUUCAUAUGAGAGAGUGAAGAAAGAAAGCACUAAAAGAACAUUUCCUUAUCAGUUUCCUUGCGAGGAGCUAUGACAAAUGAUGGUAUAACAUGGAACUUGAAUAAUCUUAUACCGUGCUGAGUAGUUAAACUGAUGAUAUGUACUGUAAUAUAAAGCACACUUACUAUUGUAAGCAUAACAACAAGGCUAAAUAGCAACUUUAGACGUCACUCUUCUAUCUGGUCAGAGACGUUAUCAGUAGAGAAAUAUUCACAGCUUCAUCAUUCUCCUAAGUGACUUUUAGAGCUAUGCGAUCCUUGGCAUAAAACAAAAAACGUUUUUGUAAAAUUGUUAACUACAAAAGGCUCAUAAUCUUAUACAUGUUCAGCAUGUAAGCAACACGUAGUGCUUAACAACAGGGGGUGAGGCACACCAUCAGUGUAAAAGUAAAAGAGGACUCUUGUUGUAUCAAAGUAUGACACAUUUCUAUGGUUUAUACAUAAUACAAGUGUGGUGUCUAUUUUUUUUUGCUUUAAGCAAAAGGAAAAAAAUGACAAAAAGAACAGCAAGAAAAGAAAACUAUGUCUGUGUGUAAAAUGAUACCAAGUGAGCAACUGGCCAUGGGCAGAUCUCCCAAUACUGUACUCUGGAAUCAGUUUGACUACAAUUAUUCUCAGUGUUUGACAGACUAUUCCCCUGGCCACUUCUGUUGGUAAAAAGCCACAGAUUGUCAAAUGCAUGCCAGUCCAGACUUUCCAGUCCAGUAUACAGUGUUCAACUGGGACCAUGUUCUUGAAUUAAUGCCAAACAGUUAUUCAUGAUCAGAUCGGAACUCAACCCUUUCCCCCUAUUAAACCCCUGAAAAAUGUUAACCAAUGAAAAAAUUAUCUAUUUAAAAAAGGUCUAAUAUUGAUGCACAGCAAGUGGUGGUUUUAUCUUUUUGCAAAACUGUAUGUUGGUUCAUUGCCUGUCGUUCUCUUUUUUAUGAAGGUGUCAGGUGGAAGACAAAUGCAGUACUACAAACUGUUAACAAAUGUGUAUACAGAAAUAAAUCUAAUGUUGAAAGUGUGACUUCUAUCUACUGUCACAGUCAACUGUGUCAAAAAACAAGAAAUUUGUUUACAUAUUUUAUUACAUGCUAGCUGUUGUACUUUGUAGGUAGGAAAUUGUACAUAUACCAUGACAGUUGUAAUUUUUAGUACCUCUAUUGUACAGACUGAAGAUAUGAUUUAUCAGCGUAUUUCAGAAUCUAUUAACUGUUGAUUUACAUGAAGAAAAAACUUUAAUCUGAAUGUGAAGAAUCAUAUUGAUAUUUCAUAAAGAAUAAAGUGUAUUGUUAGCCUAGAGAUCUAACCAGAGGUGUUUCUAAAGUUGCAUGAAUAUUUAACUACUUGCAGUUGUCCAACAAAUACAAGGUGCCCUUUCUUCUGUACUAUGGCUCUCUUAUUAUGGGUUACACUAGUGAUAUUUAUUUUUAAAAGCAAAUAAAAGGUAGAGUUAUGAUAAAUCCAGAAAGAUAAAGAGGCUAUAAUGAAUGGGAGUUUGGAGAUGAAAGGACCUAAAGUAUAGGACUGGUGACCUCAAAUCACUGUUUCUCACUGUUUUAUUAUGAGUCAAAUAUAUAUUUUGCUGUUCAUUUUAUCCAUGAUCUGCCAUGUCCAUUAAAUUAUGUGGAGGUGCAAUUUUAUUUUGCCUGAAAAUAACAUUUUUGUGUUUUAAUUUAGUUUUUUCAUUACUUUUUUUAUCAGUUUGAUCACAAAUAAAACAUACAUUAUUCUCUGAAGUAAACUGUAGUCCUUGGAUAAAUCCAAUAAUAAAUUGUAACCCAACAGGAGAAAAAUGAGGCAUAUCUGAAGCCCCUGAAAACUUGGUUUUAAAUCUUCAGUUUUUCUUUAUAACAUGACAUAUUAACCAUCACAUUUGCAAAAAUCGACAUUCAGCUAAUCUGCUUCAUCAGGACUGUGGUUUAAUCACAGCGGACUGGCCAAGCAACAGAAGCAUUAGAUUUUGAUUCAAACCUUGGUUUAUUCUUAUUGAUACAAAAAGGUAUGUGACCUAACCCUUUCUAACAAGGAACCAGAAAAAUGUGUCUUCAUGUGGAAGCUGUUACAUAGAAUAUAGGUUUAGGGAUAUUUCAAAGAAGAGUUUUGAUACAUGUUCAGACUAAGAGAUAUAGCAACGUUCCUAAGAGAACACCUAUCUUUAACUCAUGACAGAAUGUAAUGUACCUUGCCCAAUCACGAAAUAAAACUCAA